CCAGUAAGCAGCAUGUCGACAAGUGCAAAUGCACGGCUCUGGUCGAGCCUGGCCGAAGGCGACGAGAAAGGGGUGGUCCAGGCCCUAAAGGAAGGGGCUGAAGUGAACCAGGUCAGCGGCGGCGGAGGUCGGCCCAUUCACUUCGCUGCUCUUCGUCCUUCUGGCGGUCUCACGAGGAUCCUUUUGAAUCACGGCGCCCUCUGCGAUGCUCCCGACGAAGAAGGAUUCACGCCUCUAAUGGUGGCGUCCCUGAAUGGGCACACUGAGGUGGUGAAGGAGCUGCUGAAGGACGGUGCGGACCCGAGAAUACAUCGCCCUGAUGACUUCGGCGGGGACACAGCUCUCCACAUGGUCACCAACACAGACGAAGUCGAGGUGCUGAGAGCCCUGCUGGGGGCGGGGGCUGAUCCUAACGCCAGGGCCAGUGGCAUGAACGACAUGACUCCUUUGCACUUCGCUGCGGAGAAGGGGAGGGAGAACUUGGCUGAGCUGCUCGCGAUCCACCCGAGCUGCAAAGUUAAUGUGAGGGACGCCCGUGGCCUCACGCCCGCCAGCCUGGCUAAGGAAAGCUGCCCGAACCUCUCACUCUAUUUGGAUUUGUGCUGCGGAUCGAAGUCUCACUCGGACAAGCUUCUCAUCGUCGCGGUCAGAAGGAAUGAUGCGGCGGAAGUGAGGGCAGCACUGAACGAGGGAGCGGACCUGAGUGUACAGGGUCCAGAGGAUGGAGGAACCUUGCUCCACCUGGCGUCCCAAGGUUCCUCAGGGCAAGUUCUCCAGAUACUUCUCUCUCGAGGCGCCUCAGUGGACGCAAAGACCAGUCAGGGAUUCACACCGCUCAUGACAGCGGCUCAGAGGGGCGCGACGGACGCCUUAGUGCACCUUUUGGCACAUCGGGCCAAUCCAAAACUGGCCACUUCUGACGGGACGACGGCACUGCACUUGGCCCUGCAAAGUCAGGACUCUUCCGCAGUGACUGCUCUCCUCGACGCCGGCGUAGACGUCAACGCUACCACGGUCGACGGGUCCACGCCAUUGCACAUCGCCGCUGCGUCGGGGUCCCUCGGGCUGGCUCGCCUCUUGUUGGGCGACUGCCUGUGCUCCGUUGCUAUCGGGGGUCGCUCGCCUGCCCAUGUGGCAAGGGAGGCCGGCCACCUGGAAUUCGCCAAGUUCAUCGAGAAAGUUUGCAGUGAGAGUGACGACGAAAGUACUGAGGUCCCCCAAGAGAACUUCCGCGUGGUGGUCGGCCAGCCCGUGACUCCCAGUCCAGGCGUGUACCGGAACCUCUCCGAGCCGUAUCGAGGUCGAGUCCUCAUCAUUAACUACCGGGAAUUCAGUGAGGAGACAGGCACUCGCUACGGCUCUGAAAGAGAUGUAGCAAAUCUCCGCAUCGUGUUUAGAAAUAUGGGCUACCAAGUGGAAGAUCACCAGGACCUGAAUCUGGAAGAAACUAAAGAAGUGCUGAGUAACUUCAGGAGUAACGAGAAUUUAGCUAAAGUUGAUUCAAUGUUCGUGUGCAUGUUGAGUCAUGGCAUCGACCCGGGAUACAUUCUACACAUCUGAUAUGAAAAAGAUGGACGUCUCUGCGGUCCGGAAUAUGUUCAAAGAUCAGGCUUGUCCUCUCAUGAAGGGAAAACCCAAGGUCUUCCUUUUCAACUUCUGCCGCGGAAGCACUCUCGAAAGCUUCUCUGGGCAAAGUAUAGGCGACGAUUCAUCUUCGACAUCGCGGAGUCGCGACAAGGUACUUCCCGCACAGGACGAAGCCCCGCGUGACAUGCUAACCCUCUACGCGUCGACGGAAGGCUUCAAGGCUUUUAGGACGAGCAAAGGGACUUUUUUCGCGCGGUCCCUAUGUCAAGUUCUAGCCGCCCACGCCCACAACACGGACAUGGUCAGCAUGGUUCACAAGCUGGACCAGCUCAUGACUGCAAGACAACACGCUACAACGCCGGAGGCACAGACCUUCGCCUUCAAGAAGUUUUUCCUGAAUCCAUUGGAGCCUUCCGACGCAUGAUACUCUUCUGUGAGUCUCCAAUGAUGACUGCACUUCCUUGCAUGCUGGCUGGUGGACGUGCAUGCCGGCUGUCGUAAUCAGGACCUCUGUGGGCUUUUAGGUCUGUUUAUGUGUCCUACCUGUCUGUUUUUCAGUACUUAAACACUUGUGUAUGGGUGUGCAUAUACGUGUGUACAUAUAUUUGUUUGUUUGCUUGUGUGUGUUUACGUGUGUGUGUUUAUUUGCUAGUUUUCGAUUUAUGUGUCCUUUAUGUAUCCAUCGCGAUUUUGAUUACUAAAAGACAAUGGUAAAAUGAUAAAGUAAUAGCUUAUGUUACACUGGUAGUCAAUUUGCUUUAAGUAGAUUUUCAUUUUAGUUAAGAAUCAUGUAGAAUGAAGAAUCAUUUGCUGGUCGAGAAUUCUUGUUUCUCCUCCUUCACUCUCUUUUUCGUGCUUAAAAAAAUGAUCCUACACUUUUGAAGAAUAAAUAGAUAUCGACAGGCAAUUUCGCCGCGUAAAUUACUUGCGCCCUUCGACUUUCAUUUUAUUCCUCCUUCAAAUUCUGUUCUUUUGUUUGAAUUACGUUUUUGCCUCAAGGAAGAGACAGAGAGAGACGCACAUAAGAAGAGAGGGAACUUGAAUAUAUGGUAACAUUUAUAAGGCUCAAAUGCAUUAGAUUUUAACUGAAAAUGACUGAGAUGAUUACAUGGCUUACGGAUAUGUUGUUGAAUCAUCUUACGUGCUUUGUAUGACUUGCUUAGCGUUGGUCAUGUGAAACAUAGGGCUGGUAAAUAAAUUGAUAAACAGAUAGAUAAAGAGAAUGAUAGAUAGAUAUAUAGAUUGGGAAAGAAAGUGGGAGAGAUUAUAAAACUGUUGUAAAGUGUUAGUCCUUUAUGAAAUAAAACAGUUUUUUAAAUUAUUUUUCAUCAAUAUACAUUCCAAAAAUUUUUGAUAUUCAUUAACCAUUAAAUGAAUGUCGACCAAUCUCCUAUUCUAAAAAAGUGGAUUGGCAAAAACAAUAGUGUGGAAUUUAUAGCUUACCAGGGAGUUUCUUUCAGCUAUAACUCGUCAGUUUUCCUCACCAUUCCAAAAAGGAGGCAUUACUAUUCGCAUCAUUAAUAGAUACGCCUAAGAAACAUGGUAAACAAUCAUAUUUUAUUCUCGUUACUUUUUUUUAAAUAUUCUAGGAUAUAAAGAACUAAAUAUUUUGUUCAUGUAAUGCUAACGAAAAGUUUUGAAAUCAUGAUAAAGGCAAAGCGUUGUAAUUGUAUUACAAAAUUUAGCACAUCCUCCUAACCUGCAUUUACAAUUUUUCACCUGUAUCAUACUACCAACGUAUAGUUUUAACUUCAAAGAAACAUGAAAUGUAAAAAAGACAAGCUUUAUGCACAAUACCUAAGCUUCGGGACACAGAAAACAUUGCGAGAUGAAAUCAUCGCAACCAUGGCCUAUGGUCACGAGUUCGAGUUCCAGCCAUGCCCAAUCCAUCCACCCCACCAUAUUGAUCAUUUGCUUUUAUUCAAUGCAAGCUAAUAACUAUAAUUUAUUGUACAUACCGUGGUUUGGGUCUCAAUCUUGGUGAUUUCUUAUCUGGAUGCGAACUUUUCUCGAAUGAAUACAUCUCUUGCCUCUUCUCCACAAACAGAUUGUGAUGCUUCUGUAACCAAUUGGAUUAGUUUUUUUAAAACUGCUUGGGUAUGACAAAGGAAUCUUUCAAAAUUGAGCUUACAACACUCUUCUUUGAUCUGCCUAUCAGUGAACUCAUCUGAAUACUGGGCUGUCAAAGGAGAUUCUAUUAUGUCAGAUUCGUUCCAGUCAUGUGUGUGUAGUCAUUAUUUGAGAAAUUCAGUUUGUAUAUUGUGAAAUGACACAUUGUUACUGACACAGUGUUACUUGUUUUCUUAAUCCGAUGUCAUCCAAACUCUGUAAUGAAGUUAUGAUAAUCUUAGAGCAUUGUGAUGAUUAUAUUUUUUGGAUUGGCGAAGAAAGGCAUUACACUGAAUGACAAAUUUGGUUGUCUGUGUUGCUUCAUGGACUUUGUUGAACAGUUUUAAGGCAUUCUUGGCCCCAUGACCAGCUGGGCAAUUUGACCUGAUACUGAACCACGUUGGCACGUAGAGUUUAAUCACAAAAGCAGUUAAGGCUACUUAGGUGUCAUGUGGCUCGCUCACUGAGACAUAUAACCUUAGAAUUCUACUUGCAGUUGUGAGCCUUCGAGAAUGUGACAUUUUUUCCAGGCUGAUGAGCUGUUAAUCUUUCAGUAACCUGUCUUGAUCCGACAGCAGUACUAAUAUAAUUAAGGUAUCUUUGAUCACUGCUUAAAGCAUUGACUGUCUUCUGAUCAAGUUGACACAUUUCCCAGUGUUAUUUUAGAAAAUUCUUUUACUAGGAGCUUCUCAUAGGCAUGAUCUCCCCCCCCCCCCAAUGUCACCUGUAAUGCCUUGUGGACCAGUUGUCUUGCCAUCCAUUUCAUUCAUAAAAUGUCACAGUGGCUAUUCUUUUGUAUGUAACCGACAUAUAAACAUAUAUCAAUAUUGUUGUGAUCUUGCAAAUUUAUAUUCCAGUAUUUCUUGCUAUAUUCACUUGCGGAGGCACCUGAAGAUAUUAUCUGCUUAGUGUCAAACUUCAGGAUUUUGGAGUCUGUAGAGGAUUUAGAUAAAAUUGACAUCAUAUUCCAGUUAUUUCUCUAAAAUAUCACUAUUAAUGUACUCUUGUUUUGUAUAUACAUGUGUAUGAUUCGUAUGGAAUUGUAAGGCCGUACCCCCAAAAAUUAUAUCCCUUGUUUCUGUACAUGCGUGGUGGUCGGCUACUACCAAAAUCCUUGCGGGGGGUAGUAAGCCUACUUUGUCAUAACUCUUACUCGUGUGGAGUUUGUAGAAACUCUAAUCUAUUCUUAUAUUAGAUUUUAUAUUACAACCUUUCUUGAUUUUGGAAAUUAAGGAGUGGACAUUAGCCUGCGACGCUACUUUCUCUAUCGGCUCCUCCUUCCAGGAAUUUAUCUUCAAAGCAACUGCUUAAAAAUAGCUCGGGGACGUCUUAUUUUCAUACAUGUAUUAUGAUGCACCAAAAAGGAAUGUAAUUUUUUUUGUAUUUGUCUCAGUGAUAUAUAUUAUGUUGUUAA